GGGGACAACGGUAUCGGUUUCCCAGGUCAGCAGGGUCAGUCAGGCCCCCAGGGGGAAGAUGGCUCUGUGGGGCUCCAAGGAAACCCCGGACCCCCGGGGCGAGAUGGAGCUCCAGGACCUCCAGGACAAGAUGGACCUCCUGGACCCAAAGGUCGUCGAGGUCUGGACGGCGUCCCUGGUCCGGUUGGAUUUGUUGGGCUGUGUUUACCAGGAGCUCCUGGACCUGAAGGAGAGCAGGGACAGAUGGGUGUCAUCGGAUUCACAGGGACCCGAGGCCCAAAGGGUGUGCGAGGUGACCCUGGGCGGUCAGGCGUGGGAGUCCUUGGACCACAGGGGCCUUACGGGGCCCCUGGGUUUGAUGGACCUCCUGGGCCAGUAGGAGAAGUUGGUCCAAAGGGCCUGAGAGGAGCCAAUGGGAAGCCAGGAAGCACAGGUCUCAGAGGGGACGUGGGUCCUCCAGGAGCACUUGGGAGGCCAGGGGAUGAUGGGAAGCCUGGAGAGACUGGACAGCCAGGACAGAAAGGUCAAAUGGGUGCAGACGGGAUCAGGGGUUCUCAGGGGCCUCCGGGGCCUCAGGGGGACAGAGGAGACACUGGACCAAAAGGAUUCCAGACGCCUGUGGAGAUGUAUGGAGAUCCUGGAGAACCUGGAGAAGCCG